CACAGGAACCCAUUAAAACUCCCUCUAUUUUCCUUCCAAUAUUGAAAUUCCUCCUCAUUUCAAUGGCUUCAGUCUUCUUUCUCGCUCUACUCUCUCUCCUCAUCUUUUUCUCUCUCUCCUAUGCAGCCCCCUACCACCACCGUCGUCCAUCCUCACCGCGCUUCACCAGACCCAUAUCAAAUCCACCCUCUCCCAAGCGUUCCGUGAUGGUCUCAGUCCCACCUGAGAUUCACCUCGCAUGCAAGGCCACACGAUUCCCAGACACGUGUGAAUCCUCAUUGGCCAAUUCCAAUCACGUCCCUCCAAACCCAAACCCGACCCAAAUUAUCGAAUCAGCCAUGUGGGUCUCCGACCAAAACCUCAAAACCGCCCAGUCCAUGGUCCAGGAUAUCCUGGACUCCUCCGCAGGCAAUUUCAACCGCUCGAACGCAGCCAAGAACUGUGUGGAGUUCCUCCGUAACUCCGAGUACCGUACCACACAGACCGCUGACGCUCUGCCACUUGGCAGGAUCAAGGACGCCCGCGCCUGGAUGAGCGCGGGACUAUUGUACCAGUAUGAUUGUUGGUCCUCAUUGAAGUACGCGAACGAUAGUCAACAGGUCAACCAAACAAUGGCGUUCUUAAAUUCCUUGAUUGGGUUGAGCAGUAACGCUUUGAGUAUGAUGCUGUCGUACGAUAGAUUUGGCAAUGACACCGGGAAGUGGGUUCCGCCUAUGACGGAGCGGGCCGGGUUCUGGGAGGGAGUGAGUGGCCCGUGUGAUGGAGCCGGAUUGGGGUACAAGGGUGGGAUUCCGUCGGGUCUGAAGGCCGACGUGACGGUGUGCAAGGGCGGUGGUAGUGAGAAGUGUAACUACCAGAGCGUGCAGGCUGCGGUGGACGCUGCCCCGAACAAUCAGGGGGUGCGGAGGUUUGUCAUUUGGAUCAAGGAAGGGGUGUAUGAGGAAACGGUUCGGGUCCCACUAGAGAAAAAGAAUGUAGUAUUUUUGGGAGAUGGCAUGGGUAAAACGGUCAUUACGGGGUCAUUGAAUGUGGGCCAGCCUGGGAUCUCAACCUACAAAUCAGCUACGGUUGGUGUAUUUGGUGAUGGAUUCAUGGCCAGUGGUCUCACUAUCCAGAACACCGCGGGGCCUGAUGCUCAUCAAGCAGUAGCCUUCCUAUCAGAUAGUGACCUAUCUAUUAUUGAAAACUGUGAAUUCAUCGGCAAUCAAGACACUUUAUAUGCCCACUCCCUUCGCCAAUUCUACAAAUCCUGCCGCAUCCAUGGCAAUGUAGACUUCAUCUUUGGAAAUUCAGCUUCCAUCUUCCAAGACUGCCUCAUCUUGGUUCGCCCCCGGCAAGUCAAUCCAGAAAAGGGUGAGAAAAAUGCUGUGACAGCACAUGGCAGAACUGACCCUGCUCAAUCAACAGGCUUUGUUUUCCAAAAUUGUAUGCUCAAUGGCACUGAAGAAUACAUGGCACUAUACCGUAGCAAUCCUAAAGUACACCUGACUUAUUUGGGGCGGCCGUGGAAGGAGUACUCGAGGACAGUGUUCAUACAUUGUAACUUGGAGGCUCUUAUUACACCAGAAGGGUGGCUGCCUUGGGAUGGCGAAUUCGCCUUGAAUACACUUUACUAUGGGGAAUUCGAGAAUUCUGGUCCCGGAGCUGAUUUAUCAAAAAGAGUAACUUGGAGUAGCAAAAUUCCGGCGGAGCAUGUUUACUCAUACUCAGCGCAGAAUUUCAUUCAAGGUGAUCAAUGGAUUCCAACAUCUUCUUGAUUAAUCCGAUUAUAAUGAUUAUUAUAUUAUGCUUUACUUUUUCAGAAUUUCUAGAAAUUAGUAUAUCAAUAGGAAGUUUGAGGUCCCUUUGUAAAUUAGUACUUACCAAUUAUCAAUCUCAAAUAAUAUUGGAGUAAGAAGUUUCAAAAUUUUUAUCAA